UCAAAUUUCCAUACUUAAACCCAAAAAUGGCAUUUUACUUCCACUGAAACAAAAAAAAAAAAUCCCAAACAUUUCCAAUGGCUCUUCUCGUUCGGUCACCGGAAAUCUCCAUAGUCUUCUCUAACCCUAACCCUAACCCUAACCGUAAAGGCUUUCGAUUUCCGACGAACUUCGGGUCGAAAUCCAGGUCCACGGUUAGGGUUUGCGCCGGGGUUAAGGACAGUGCGGCGAGGGCGUCGGAGUUGGAUCGGAAUUUAAGGUCGCACGGGCAGUUCUCGGCUCCGGUGAAGCAGGGUCCGAAGCCGAGCAAGGAAGAUCAAGAGAAGCAGGAGUACUAUGUGAAUAUGGGGUAUGCGAUUCGGACUGUGAGGGAGGAGUUUCCUGAGCUGUUUUUCAGAGAGCUUAGCCUCGACAUUUACAGGGAUGAUAUAACAUUCAAAGAUCCGAUCAAUACCUUUAUGGGCAUUGAGAAUUACAAGUCUAUAUUUUCGGCACUACGUUUCCAUGGCCAGAUAUUUUUCAAGGCCUUGUGGGUUGACGUCAUUAGUGUAUCGCAGCCGAUGGACAAUGUUAUAAUGGUUCGCUGGACUAUCCAUGGCAUGCCACGAGUCCCUUGGGAAAGUCGUGGUCGAUUUGAUGGAACCUCAGAGUACAAACUUGACAAGAAAGGGAAGAUCUAUGAGCAUCGUGUUGAUAACAUUGCUCUGAAUUCGCCUCCAAAGUUUCAGAUUCUGGCCGUAGGCGAUAUAAUGCAAUCUCUUGGGUGCCCUUCAACUCCAAAGCCAACAUUUUUUGAAACUUCAUCAUUGCCAUCUUCAAAGAGGAGUUGAUGAUGCCUAGUUCUUUCAAAAUUUUGGUGUAUGCUGUGCACAGUUGAGUAUAUCUUGAGCUAGAAUUGACAUCGACUACUUCAGUGAUAAAAAGUUGGUUUACAUUGCAAAAAAUGUUGCCCAAGUUGACAAGGCACUGCCAGACACUAGCAUAGCAGAUACUGAAUGUACUUAUCUGUUAAAACUACUCAGAUUCCGAGCUCUGAGUUCAGCUAUGUACAAUGCUUGCAUACUUUGUAUAGUAUGAGGUGUAUGCUGGUUCCUAUGAUCCUAGAAUCCAUCUCAUUGUAAUAUGAUAUUAUAGAAAGCUUACAAUCAGUGACCAUGGCCAUGAGCACCCGUCACUUUUGUUA